AUGUUAAGUUUUUUAUUAAAAUUAAUAAGCAGUUUAGAAGCAGAUAAUCAAGAACAAAAUGAAAAUAACCAAGAACAAGAUAAUUUGAAAAACAAUUUAUUAGGAUUUUCUUAUUAUAGAAGUAAAACAACCAAAAGUUCUCCAACAUAUACAGGAUAUACUUAUAGAAAACCUUAUAGUAGUGGUGGUUAUACUUAUUCAAGAACAUCAAGAUCAAGUUCAAGUUCAAAAAAUAGAAGUUAUUCUGGAAAUGCAAAUUCUUAUCUUACAGAUCAAGAAAUAAACAAUUAA